AUGGCUGCGACAACGAUCGGACGGCUCAGAUCGAUUAUCGACGAGCACCACCCAGCUGCAUCCAUCACACUUGAUGCAUUCCGCACCGCCGGUGAGCUCACGAGGCACACCGCACGUGGAACCCAUCGGAUGGACGGGCCUCGAGCUAUGAAGGUCGGAGAAAAGAAAGGAGCAAGGGGGGAGCCUCCGCGCUACCUGAAAUGGAUGUGCAUCACCUCGUCCAUCACCGGGGACUUCCCCCUAACCGACCUGUUGCAUGGCCAUCCCAAGUUUCGUUGGCUCGCAUUUCCAACCUCCAUGUUCUUCAUCAGGCUCCUUCUUAUAAUGUUGAGCAGCUACUACUGGCUUGCUACUGCUGGGGACAUCCCUGCCCAGAUCUAUCAGAGCCUAGGGGACGGGACAAGCAACAAAAGCCACCCUCAUGGCUCAGAGAUGCUGCAAAUGGGAAUGACCCUCUUGCAGCAGCGAUCCAAGACGGCCUUCACCGUCCUCAUCAUCGUGAACGGAAGCUUCGUGGGACUCGGCAUCUGCACCCCGAUUUUCACUUUCUUCAAGGCCAGGAGCCUCCAGGUCGUCUUCGAAGAAAGUCGAAAGAUUCUGGUCGACGCAGGGUUGGAAUUGAAGUCCAAGGAGCUCUUAUGGUCGUAUUUCCUUCCGGGGCUCGCCUCGUUCCUCAUCGCCGUUGCGAUUAAUGUCUUUUUCAUCAUGGCUGGGUUUCCCGCCGGUUUCGUGACCGUCGGCAUGCUGGGCGGGAUGCAUCUCAUCAAUUCCAUCUUCUUUCCGCCUUUCCUCUGCAUUUACUUCUGCUCUGUGGUCGCCGAGACGUAUCGCUGGUUGACGGCGGCGAUCUCCGACCCUCGAGUCACCAAAAAGGAUGUCGACGUGAAUCUAUGGGACAAGAGGCUGAAGGAAUUCGUCGGACUCCUCAGUUCCGCCCUGGGAAUUCAAGUCCUUCUCGCUCUCGUUGCCACCAUCAUCACGACCACCGCCACUCUUUUCAUGGUCCUCAUCGAGCUGAAUUUCAAUGAAAACACCCUGAAUAUCCUCGCUACCCUUUCGUCCUUCGCCCUGGGCACUCUCGCCAGCUGGUCCUCCACUGCCGUGUUUCUUCGGGCCGCUCAUCGCGUCAGGGAGGAAGAGGCAUACGGGCUGAAGAGAAUUCUCCAGUCGGAGGGAGUCACGCUCACGGGAUCCGGCUUCGUUCGUCUCGGAUAUCCGGUUUACUAUGAUAUCGCUCGCCAGGUCAUAAUGUACACCAUCAUCUUUCUGCAGUUCAGAUCCAGCGAGCACGUGCCCAGGGGGGUGAAUGCCACCUCCACGGCGGAGGUGGUGAACUCGGGAUUCACCACCCCCAACACUGGGUUUUCGCUUUAA